UUGAAAAUAAAAAUAUGCUAAAUUGACAGUGACAACCGGCCAUUAUGAUAUUAUACUAGAUGUAUCAAUGAAAACUUGUUUUGAAAGAUAAAGAUGAAUUUCAUAGAAGAUAUUAUUGAAGAGAUUGCAUUGGAAGGAUUGGAUGGAAUAACCUUUAAUUCUCUGUGGGUGAGAUUGGAGAGCAGAGAGAAGUUUUGUAUUAAAUUAGACGAGAAAUCAAAGGAGUUUUUAUGGAAAAGUGUUGGAAGUGAUUCAAGGCUUGAGUUUUAUACUAUACCAGAAGCUAGAGAAGAUUUACUACCCUACGAUAGAUUCGCUUUUAAAGAUCCUACCACGGGAAUCUGGGUCCAUAAUGUUGCUGAACAGAAUAUCUAUCCUCUGGGUAUUGUUGAGGAGGAAGGGAUUCAGGGAUCCUGUAUAUAUUAUAAAUCAAGGAAAAAUGUUACAUCACAGUUAAGAGAUAAAGAUGGAACACUGAAAAUGAACCUGGCAGAAAUAUUGCAAAGCUGGGGUCAGAAAUUUGUUAUGGUGGCAUCACAGAAGACUCGUUAUGAUGCAUUAGUUAGAGACCGAGAUCCACGGUUAGAAUUAACUAAUAUGAUGUACUGUGUUUUGGAACGAGUUGGAAGAAUGCGGUAUUCAGGGGAGACAAGUCAUGCUUUAAGUAAAGUGUUUUUCAAUAAUAUCCAGUCACAGAUUUAUUACCUGUGUAAAAAGUUACAGGAGUGUGGUUAUGUUACAAAACAGCAAUUUUUAACACAAGUAGAAAACCACAAGAAUUUAAAUGUUCGGCUUAUCCACUUAAAACAUUUUUUUGUUCCUGUGAAGAAUAAAUAUGCUCAGUUAAUGGAAAGAGUGUCUCUGUACCUCGAGGGGAAACCAGAACAUAGUGAAGUCUAUAAUAUAUUCAAAACAGAUAUGGGUUUUAUGAGAAAAUCAUUUAAAUGUUUACUGUCCAGUUAUUCUAAGUAUAUUAAAACUGGUGUAAAGAAUUAUACAUCUAUCAGACCAGAUGCUUUACCUAAAGAAUAUCUCUGCAAGACUGAUAAUAACCGGGAGAAACAGAUCCGUGUUAUCACAUUAAUCCAGCCAUUCCGUGCCAAUGCUGAGGAUAACGAAGAGUUAGGUUCAUCUGAUUCAGAUGGAGAUGAUGAAGUAACCCCUUUAGAAUGGGAAUUUGGAAAGACAAAUUUAGAUCAGUGUUUAGCUGGGUUAGAGAGUGGAGGGUCAAAAGGUCUAUCACAGUCGCAGUUCUCUGUUGUCAUGGGAUUCACAAGACUUGAAGCUCGUUCUGUUCUUCGUAAACUAAAUAGACUUGGAUUGUGUCAAACAUACAAGAUGGACUCCGGUCGACAAAGAAAAAAUAUAUUUGUUAGUGCCAGACUUUUCAAAGAUUCCGAAGUUUUCCAGGAAUUUCAAGCAGAAAAAUCAGCAUUGGAAAAAAAUAUGACAAUGACAUUUGACCCUAAUGAAUCUAUUAAUUUAGAAGAGAGUACAGUCGAGUCAUCAACAUCCAGUGAAAUAUUGAAAGCAGAUGGUGAAGUAAUGGGAGGUCUAGAGAAGAGAAAGUUAACAUGGCUUACUAAUCCGUUUGAAAAAACUGCUUCUUCCCGUCUGCUACGAAGAACUAACUGGAUUUUAGAAGCUGUACAAGAAUCAAGAGUCAUUGAAAAUGAAUUUCAUAUCUUAAAGUUAAUAUGGCAGAAAGAACAGGCCCAGGGUAUACUUGAGAAAAUGGAUAAACGAUCAUUGAAACGUAUUUUACACUGGUUACAACAAGAGAAUCGAAUUCAGCUAUUAAAAAGCGUAAUUUAUAAAGAAGGACAAGCUAUCGAUUUGACGAUAGUAUGUCUACCAGAGAUAACAGCUACUGAUCCAGCUGUAAAAUUAGCAAUAGAACAGGCCAAGUUACGAUUAAUUGGUAUACGUAAAGAAAACAUGGAGAUACAGAAAUCAGGUGAUGGCAACGAAGAAUCCUAUAGAUCUUUUAUUACUAAACCAUUGAUUCACUCCAUACCAUCUGUAACAGAAAGUAUUCAGAGAUUCCAGGAAUAUAGAAAUAAAAUUAAAGCCAAUACACCCAUGAAAUAUGAUGUUCAAAGUUGGCGUCGUUAUGGUUUGGUACCAAAGUUUAAAAGAUAUCAACUAGUCCAUGAAAUGUUGUAUUAUCUGCUGUAUAAUUAUCAAGGUCGGGUACCUGAGCCAGGGGAGAUAACUGCAAAUCAACAUUCCAUAGAUUUUACAUGGACAUUAGAAACACCAGAUAAUAAUGAGCCAUUAGAUGAAUCAACUAUAGAUGAAAUGCUAUCUAGUAUGAAAGAACCACCGGUAUAUUAUGAUGAUUUAUCAUGGAAAAGAUAUCUAGCUCCUGUACCACAUCAUAUUGGUAUUACUGAGAAUAGUGAUGGUUGGUGUUUGAUCAGUGAUAUACUCAUUCUACUUCCUUUAACUGUUGUCUGUCAAAUAGUCAACAUACCAUACAAGAUUGAUGGUUUAGAGAAGUUAUUAUCUGAUCCUAUGAAGAGAUUAUAUCCCAUUACAUAUUUACCAUACUGGAUAACCAAUCAACUUCUCUAUGCUAGACGAUAUGUUUACUCUUUCUAUGAAUGUUGUUCACAUCUUUCAAAGAUGGGUCUAUUAUCUUUUGGGCCACAGAUUAGAAAAGCCAAGGAAAAGGCAUUUAUAUAUGUUCAUCCUAAAGCUGUAUUACACGAUACACGUCAAUCUUUAGCUGGUUAUAUGAAGACUGUUCUACCACCAGAUUUAGACGAGUUUCCUGUAAAAAUUUAUGAAUUUAAUUCAAUGGCUGAUGUAGAAUUAUAUUGGUGUGAUAUGUUGAUGAUUGUUCUAGAUACAAACCUUAACUGUAAAGGUUUAGUACAAAAAGAAGAUGAUAUAACUGGUGAUGUAGAACUAUCGCUAGAAGACGCGUGUAAAAUACUAGGUUUUAAAGAUGUAUCUACAACUCCCAUGAUACCAGGAGAUCAUAGAGGUGCUGGGGGAUUUGAUUCUUCUUUAUUCUGUCAUCUGAUGCGUAAUUGGUUUCGUAUAUCUGAAAUAAAGAAAGUUACAGGUGAAGGAGAUAAAACUAAUAUACACCCAACUCUUUAUCAAAUAGCAGAGAAAAUAUCUCAGAGAAAAACAGGAAAACGAGUAAGCUCCCCUGUUAAAACAGUUGCGGCUAAAGUUGGACCCAGUAAAGGAAAUAGAGGAGGUAAAGGGAUAAAAAGAGCUUCUAAAAGAAAACGACCUGCUGAAAAGAUUAAAGCUCCACCUAAAAAGAAAGUUCGUAAAACAUACUAUGAUGAUAUAGAUUUUAAAGCAUUGGGUUUGAUGACACGAGAAAGAGUGUUCUGGAGUUCUAGAGAAGAUGGAAUAUUAUUGUUAUGUAAAGUGGCGAGUUGUUUAAUGGGAGGUAUUAGAAGAGGAUUGUUAGUGCCAUGGACAGUUGUACGCGAUAUCCUACAUGAGAAAUCUAAAGAGACAUCAUAUGAUAAGAGUUCUAAAGCCUGUCAGAGAAGAGUGGCUUUUGCCUUCAAGAAUCCAGUCUCUAAAAUGAAUGUUGCCUUGUUUUUGUCACAAGCUAAACAAGAUAAGGAUAUUAUGAAUAAAUAUGGUAAUAAGAAAUUUGGUCAGGCGAAUCUAGUUACAAAAUAUAAAGAAUUAGUUUCUGAAUUAUUGGAUAAAUUUAAAACACAUGAAGACGAGGAUUGGAUUAAUUUUCCUGAAUCAGUGGAUGAUUUAAAUUCAAACUAUGAGUUGACAAAGCUAACCAAUGUAGACUACUGGCGUGUACCUAAUCCAGAUGAUAUAAAAACUAAUCGUGAUAUUUAUUUUAACGUACUUUAUGAUCUCAUUCAUAGCUUUGUGAUAACAUCUAAAGAUAAACAGGGUAGAAGUCAUGAGAUGUAUCGUAUUUUUAAUCAAUAUCCAGACUUUCUGUUAACACAAGUGUUUAGUAGAAUGAAAGAUGAUGGCAUCCUCACCAAAAUAAAAAAAACAGUAAAACCAUUGAUGUAUGGAGUGAACCAUCAUCAACUAGCUCAAAGAUAUAAGCGCCGAUUCCUGACUCGUUUCCCUGACAACAUGUUUAGUGAAUGUCAUGAGUUUUUAGAGCGGUUAUGGCAGAAGUAUGUGGAAUCAGAUGGAGAUGGUGGUAUAAAUAUUAAAUCUAUUGACGCAGGCGGACUCUGUGCUUCCAUGUUGUCUUUAACUUGCUUGAGAAAGUUGAAACUGAAAGUUAAAAUACCAAGAGAGAUAUUGGUACUAGAUCGUGCAGGUUGUAAUUUACCUGUUAGUCGAGGUAGAAUUCAGAAGAAUGUUACUGACUCACAGUCAGAUGAUGAUGACGAUUAUGAUGAUGAUGAUGACGAUGAUGAUGAAGAUGAUUUGUUAAACUUGAAUAAAGAUGGGGAGAGGAAAAAAAAUGGAAAGCGAAAGAAGAUUAAGAAGUUGUUGAGUAAGGAGAAGGAAGAGAAUUUAAUGCAGCACAUUAUUGAUAUUGUUGAUGACCCUGAAAAUGAUACAGACCAAACAGGUCAAAGUUCAUCUAAUACAGACAUUAUAUCAGAACCUAUCAACAAUGAAGUUGGAUGUUCUAAAGAUACUGACAUCCUAUUGAAUACUGACAGAGCUACCCCUUCAGCACCAACUACCAUCAACGACCAUCCUAAAUUAUGUCAAAUCGAAGUUCGCUUCGAAGCUGCCAGACAUAUAUCUGUUGAUAAUCAGGAUAAGACACCAACGAAAAGUUUAUCGCGAGCUCUUCUGGCCUUAGCUCGUAAUCAAUCGUUUCAAAAAAUAUCCAACAUGAACUUCAACUUUCAGGACAAUAUUUUGAUAAAUACAUGUGACAUAGAAGCUUUCUUGAUGCCAACAAUGAGACGACAUGUUGAAUCUCAAGACCAACCAGCACCAUCUAGUGGCAACAGUGAGAUUAGUAGCCUCUUUUUGAGCCCAGAGAAGUUUAAGGAUAUUAUCCAUCAACAGCAAGUUUUGAUUCCAUUUAAUCUUGAUCUAAUAGAUUUGUGGAAAUUAUUAGGUGAAGACCUUGACGAACUUUACAUUCAAGAUUUGAAGAAUAUUUGUGAAUUUGUGUCCAGCUAUGGAAUAAUGGGAGUUAAACAAUUUGAAUUUGAGGAAAAGAUGUCAAGUAUUGUAGAACUAACAGAGAAAUUAUUUGUACUGGUUGAUAAUUGCGCAGUUUUACAGGUUGGAGUAAAUUGUCGACGUUAUGUUUCAUUCCAACAUGCUAGACCAUGGUUAAUUCAUUCCUAUAGGAAUAUGCGAGGAAGAGGAGUUCCCAAACAAAACUUAAAUAUACAGGAAUCCGACAGUAUCAAUUUAAUACCGGAAUCAACAACUAGUGAUACCCAUGAAACAAUGUCCAGUAGUCCUGAGAUUGUUCCUAUAGAAACGGAUGAGGUACACAUGGAUCCUGACACAAGCCUCCCUACAAAUCCUGACGUUUCAGAGAUCCCAUUAAUUGAUCCUGAUCUACCAAGUGGUUCAUCUUCUGUUAAAAGACCCCUGGAAGAACUAGAAGAAUCUAGAGAUGCAGCUGAAGGAAUGGCCAAAAGACGUAGAUCUUCUCGUACAAAAGUUGAAGAAGAAACAGACGCUUCAAGUGAUUUUGAGAAGGUUCGUUUGAUCUGUCGACCUUGGAGGAAACCAGAAGGUCAUCUGAAUCGUAGUUCUUUUAGUUCCAUGUUGGAGAGUGUUCUGUUAUUUGUUAUGGCCAAUCCAUCAUGUAUAAGGAAGACAAUUGAAGACAAAUUUGGACCAUAUCUCAAACCGGUUGCUCUACUCGAAUUACUGGAGGUUCUUCAAGAUCUGGGAUGUGUAACUAAAAAUAUUCUCAGAAAAACAAGUUCAAAAACAUCCUUGUUUUCAAAACCUGUGACUUAUCAAAAUGUUGAGAUAGAGAAAGAAGGUGAUAUUGUUAUGUACGAGUCCACACCAGAUUGUUGUCUUAAAUUUGGACAAUUUUCUUUCUUUCUGUCGGCUUUAAACUGAAUAAUUGAGGUCACAGGAAUCUGGAUCUCAUUCCAGGAUCAAAGAAAUCAAUCAGCAAUUGGGAGCUGUUGCAAUGACAAAUCGACUUUUUGAUUGUAUAGUGAGCAUUUAAUACCACAUGAUAUUAAAUUGAAAAAAGUUAUGCAUCAAAAUGGUGAUUGAAAGUAUUUCUUUUGAUUGAAGUUGCCAUCUGUGGAUUCAGUGUGAAAAGCCAUUUGAUCAUUAACUUUUUAUGCAAUCACAAAUUCUAUUUCUGUUUGUGGAGUGAGGACACGGUAAGGCUGUUCACUGGAAAGAUGCAGCUGGAAGAAGGUUUCAGUGUGGCAAAGACUGUUUAAGGAAAAGAGUCAGCUAGAAAAAGACUGUGUUUGGAAAGGGUUCGUCUUCCUGGGUUAAAGUGGGGAAUUCAAGUAAAAAAUAGUUGUGUAGAGAAAGAGUUCAAGUGAGGGAAUGGAUGCAGCUAAGGAAAAACUGUGCUAUUAGGUGGAAGGAAGCAGCCAGAAUAAUACAUUAUAUAAAGUCACAAUAGAAAUAACUUGCAAUUUAUGCAGUUAGAGAGGUUACAGACUUAAAGGGGGUGGCAGGGGGGCUGUCAUUGUGGCUUACAAAUUAUCUACAACUAUCCACUCUUCUCAGAUUCUGUGACUGUGAUCAGCUGGGUGACUUUGUAACUAUCUAUACUUAUAUACAUGUAUUGCAUUCCCACCAGCUAUAACCAUAUUGAUCUAUAUUCAACAUUUUCAAGUAGAAACCUUGUCUUGAAUAAAUAAUAAUUAUGUCAAAGUGAACUGAUGUAAUCCCCAGUUCAUUAUAUAAGGACAAUUAGUUGUUACCAGUAUAUUGGGUUCCUGACUAAUUAUAACCACUGCUGAGCCACAGUAUUAGCAAUCAUGGAGACCUUAUUUCUUUUUCUUAUUUGGAUGGUUACACCAUUAAGAUAAGCCAGUUUUGGUCCUAUGACCAUAACUGGACAACCAAUCAUAUAUCCCAAUAAUCAAAGUCUUUCAAAAGAUUUCGCAGGAUUUUCAACCAAUUUCAAUCUGUACAUAUUACUGAAUGCACCCGAUAAAGAGCAGGAAUCAGCCUUUAUGAUAUUGUGGUCCUGUACAGAGUUUACUGUAGACACGCCCCAUCAGAGUCAAAUUGUGUUUCAUGGCUAGCAAAAUUAGGUAUGUAAAUGAACAAACACAGAUCCACAAAAUUGUGCAGUGAAGACCAAACCAAAUAUGACAAUAAAGACAUUCUUAGCAAAGAGGGGGGAUAUGACUAUAAAUAAUAAUUAUUGGUGUAACUCUAUGUGGCCCUCACUGACUCCUAAUUGAAAUUGUUUAAAAUUUGUGUACUUAUUGUAAAUAUCUGUAUUGAUUGAUAUAGAAAAAAAGUCUAAAAAAACUAUAUAAAGUUGAAUUGGU